UCCAUAAGCGAAAUUCCAAGCGACACAAUGAAAUUAGUUGCUUUAGCAGUACUCUCUUUGAUAGCUUCAUCUUCUGCGAGCCCGGUAAGGAGUAGUGAUGAUAACGAUUGGGUUAUGGUACCCGACACGAAUGGACGAAUGCAUCUAGUUGACGUCAGACCACUCGAAGUGGACAUUAAACCAUUGUUUAACGCAUUCAAUGAUGUUGUCUUCCGCUUGUUCACCAGAAACAAUCCGACCACUCCGGAAGCUCAAAUAAUCCGAAUCCACGAUAGCGACGCACUGUCCAGAAGUUUCUUCAAUGUAAAUCAUCCAACGAGAUUCCACAUCCAUGGUUGGAAUGGAGGUGGUCAAAAUACGGGUGCGUCUAUCAGGAACGCGUUCUUGAAUCGCGGUGACAAUUUCAACGUUUUCACAGUUGACUGGGGCGUUGGUGCCACUACUCCAAAUUAUAUUCUCGCCCGUAACCGUGUCAAUGAUGCAGGGCAUGUUGUCGCUCAGUUUAUAGAUUUUUUGAAUGCUAACGGACUGUCCUUUAACUCGAUUGGACUCAUUGGACACUCACUGGGUGCCCAAGUCGCUGGGGCUGCGGGAAAGAGAACGACUCGUGGCAUGGUCGCAAGUAUUGUCGGACUCGAUGCGGCUGGACCUUUAUUUUCGCUAGACGAUCCUGCCAACCGACUUCACCAUACUGAUGCUCAAUAUGUUGAGCACCACGUCACCGAUGGAGGACGACUAGGUUUUCAGCAUCCCAUUGGCCACGCCAAUUUUUAUCCGAAUUGGGGCACACAACAGCCAGGCUGCGGGCCAGAUUUAACCGGCCAAUGUGGCCACAGUCUAGCAACAACUUUCAUGGUAGAGUCCAUCAAUCCAUCGAACAUUUUCGGGGCUACGAGAUGCCGAGAUCUGGAUGACAUACGUUCCCGACAGUGUAUAGUGAGUGGAACCAGUAGACGAUUGGGAGGUGAGCCGGUUCAAGACGGUCCUGGUAUAAUUGGAAGUGUUUAUUUCUUGGCAACGAAUUCCGCAAGUCCAUUCGCUCAAGGCCCCAGAUAGGCUAACGAUUCGUCCGCUUAGUUAUUGCUCAACACAUGCUGAAGUGCUAAUUGUGAUGGGAGAAAUAAAAGCGGUGAAUUA